AUGUUUUUUUCCUUCCUUAUUUGUUUCAUAUUUGUUAUUAUUGAAUUUAUAGAAAGUUAUAAAAAAAUUCCACAGAUCAGUGAUAUAUAUUUUAGAAAGCUUGAUAAGAAUUAUCAUAUAAAAGAUGAUAUAAUAAAUUAUAAUAGAUUUAAAUAUGUUUACAAAAUAAAGAACCAUCCACUAAAUGAAAUAAAAGAAGAGGUAUUAAAUUUUUUAAAAAAAAAAACAUCUUUUUAUUUAGUAUAUAAUAAAUGCCCACUUUAUUAUAAGGAUUUAUGUUUUAAAGAAAUACUUAUAAAAGAUACAAACGAAACAACUUCCAUAAAAAAUAAUUUUUUUUUUUCUCAUGAUUAUUUAUUUAUUCCUCAAGCAACGUCUUUAUUCCCAUACAUAUAUGAUUUAUUAAAAAAUAAUAACACACAACAGAAUAAUAUUCAAAAAUGUAAUGAUACAAUAAAUGUAAAUAAUUAUGCAUGUAAUGAUAAUACAGCUAAUAAUGUUGAUGUAAAUAAAAAUAUAAAAAAAAAAAAAAAAGAUGAUUAUAUUAAUAAAGAUAUCAUUGAAAAUAAUAAUGUACAUAUAAUAAAUAAUUCAAACAUAUUAAAUAAAGAAAGCGAUAAUUUUUGUAUUAUAUCAAAUAUUUUUAGGAAGGAUAAUAUUGAUAAAUUACAUUUCCCUUUUUUUAAUCAAAUCGAUAUCUAUUUUAAAAUAACAAACGAAUUAGUACACAAAAAAAAACAACUUGUAUAUUUUUUGUGUGAAUUAUUAUCUACCAUUUUUGGAAAUAAUUAUAAAUGGAGAAUAAGAAAAGAUUCUUUUGAUUUUACUACACACUCAUUACAAGCAGAAGUAUUUCAUAAUAACAAAUGGAUAGAAAUUUUAGGUAGUGGAAUAUUAAAAAAUAAAAUUAUUUUCAACAAAAAAAAAAAUUAUGAAAUCAAUGAUUAUCUAGCUGUAGGAAUAGGAUUAGAUAGAAUUGCUAUGAUAAAAUGGGAUAUUGAAAGAAUAAGAGAUUUAUAUUUAUAUAUUUAUAAUACAGAAAAAAAUCUAUAUUCUGGAGAGCAACAUAAUCAAAAAGAUGAUAAAUUUUCACACCAUAUAUCAAAUGAAAUAUUCAAUAAAAAUAUAAAUGAAUAUGUUGUUAACAAUAAGGAUGACUCAUAUAAUUAUAAUAAUGAAAAAAAUUAUUUCUUAAAAAAUAAAAAAAAUGAAAACCAAAAUGAUAAAAACCAAUAUGAUAAGAACCGACAUGAUAAGAACAAACAUGAAAAUAUUUUAUUAAAUUCACCAAAAUUGGAAGGUCAAAAAUUAAAACAUAAUUUAUUAACACAUAUAAAACAAAAUGUUCAUAUAGAACAAAACACAAAAAAUACAAAUAUAAUACCUGAUGAAGUUUUAUACUUUUCAAAUUUAUAUAAUAUAAAAGAUGAACAACGAGAUUUAUCUUUCUAUUCAAAUGAACAAUGGAACAAUGAAGAUUUUAUAAAAAAUAUUAUGCAAUUAAAAAAUAUAAAAAAUUUACAUUUUUUAAAAACAGUCUAUCUUUUUGACAUAUUUUUAAAUAAACAAUCAAACAAAACAAGUUAUGCAUAUAAAUUUGUUUAUACGCCAACAACAAAUAUAAAGGAACAGCAUGUUUUUAAAAAUCAUGUAAAAGAAUUACAUGAACAAAUAAUAAAACAAAUAACAAAAAUGUACAAUAUAAUUAUUAGAUAA